ACACCAUCUUCAAAAAUGGCUUCUCCCGGUUCCAACCAACGUAAAAUAGUGACGGAAUUCCCCGGCACAAUCCGAGUCUACGACGACGGCACCGUGGAACGCCUCCGCGACACCGACUUCGUCCCUCCCUCCAUCUCCGGCAGCGGCGUCUCCUCCAAGGACGUCGUCAUCAACUCCAACUUCUCCGCCCGCCUUUACCUCCCUCCUCACUGCCACCGGAAACUACCUCUCUUACUCUACUUCCACGGCGGCGCGUUCUGCAUCUCCUCCCCAUUCUGCGGGAAGUACCACCGCUACGUGUCCCGCCUCGCCGCCGAGGCCCAAGUCGUCGUGGUCUCCUUCGCCUACAGGCUGGCACCGGAGCACCCGAUCCCGGCUGCGUACGACGACGCCCGGGCCGGGAUCCGCUGGGCCGUAUCGCAUCGGGCCGGAAACGGGCCCGAGCCCUGGCUGAACGAUCACGUGGAUUUCAACCGAGUCCUAUUAUCUGGCGAGAGCGCGGGGGGCAAUAUCGUCCAUAACCUGGCGAUGGCGGUCGGGGACCCGGAAUUUGGGCUUGGAGUUGGGCUUUCGGGGAUUGCUAUGGUGUGCCCUUACUUUUCUGGGUCCAAGCCCAUUGAAUCGGAGGUUAUCCAUCGACGGCCCGGAGGAGGCAACAUGUGGGCGUUUGUGUGUCCGUCGAGCCCGGACAACGACGAUCCACGAAUCAACCCGGUCGGACCGAAUGCGCCGUCGCUGACCGGUCUGGGCUGCAAGAGGGUGAUGGUUAUUGUGGCGAGUGAAGAUGGGUUGAGAGACAGGGGACGGCUUUAUUACGAAGGAGUGGAGAAGAGUGGGUGGAAGGGAGCUGCUCAGUUUCUUGAGAUUGAAGGUGAGGGGCAUUGCUUCCACCUCUACAAUUUGGAGAGCGAGAAGGCGGGGAUUUUGAUCAAGCGGCUGGUGGCUUUCUUCAAUGGCAAGAGUUAAAGCUCUUGGUGGAGGGCAAACCAAUUUUAUCUAAUAAUUCGUGUGAUUGAAAGAAGUUGAAUUAUAGAACUUAUAGUGAAUAAUUAAUAAAUGAUUGAACAUAAC